AUGCGCCGCUUCUCCACGCGUGCGCUGCUUCAAGCAAAGCCACCGCUUCUCUCCGCCAGAUCUCCGCUCCCCCUCUUUCUCUCUGCCCCUCGUUCACUUGCAGCUCCAAGACCGAUCUCUCGCCCCCGAUCCCUUCGUUCUUCCCUUUCUCAACCCACCAAACGAUACUGCUCCUACCGCAGAAUGUGCAGCUCUCGGCGCGACGAGCCUGCCGGCUCGACCAACGUCCAGGGCCGUGAGGUCCUGCCUACCAAUGUCAAGCCGGUGCAUUACGAUCUGACCCUCGAGCCGAACUUCGAAACAUUCAAAUAUGAUGGCACUGUGGUUAUUGACCUCCAGGUCAACGAAGACACCGAUUUCAUCUCCCUCAACUCCAACGAAAUCGAUAUUCACAGUGCCGUGGUCCAGUCUAAGGGUGCGGUCGUGGACUCCCAGCCCACUAUCUCCAUGAACAAGGAUAACCAAGUGGCAACGAUCAAGUUCAACCAGGCCAUCGCGGCUGGUUCCGAUGCGCAGCUUACGCUUACUUUCACCGGUAUUCUAAACGAUAACAUGGCCGGCUUCUAUCGGUCAUCAUACAAGACCAAGGAUGGCAAGACCGAAUAUAUUGCCUCGACUCAGAUGGAGCCUACCGAUUGUCGCCGAGCUUUCCCUUGCUUCGACGAACCCGCCCUCAAAGCCAAGUUCACCGUCACUCUCAUUGCGGAUAAGGACAUGACCUGUCUGAGCAACAUGGAUGUUGCGUCCGAGACUGAUCUCAAGAACAGUGCGAAGAAGGCUGUCAAGUUUAAUACUUCGCCCCUCAUGUCCACAUAUCUGGUGGCUUUUAUUGUUGGUCACCUUAACUACGUUGAAACUAAGAACUUCCGUGUUCCUAUUCGAGUCUACGCCACACCCGACCAGGAUAUUGAACAUGGCCGCUUCUCUUUGGAGCUUGCUGCCAAGACUCUGGCUUUCUAUGAGAAGGCCUUUGACAGCGAUUUCCCAUUGCCGAAGAUGGACAUGGUUGCUGUGCCCGACUUCAGUGCCGGCGCCAUGGAGAACUGGGGUCUAAUCACCUAUCGUAUCGUGGACGUGUUGCUGGACGAGAAGACCAGCGGUGCUUCGCGCAAGGAGCGCAUUGCCGAGACUGUCCAACACGAGUUGGCCCACCAGUGGUUUGGUAACCUGGUGACCAUGGACUUUUGGGACGGCUUGUGGCUGAACGAAGGCUUUGCUACGUGGAUGUCGUGGUACUCCUGUAAUGUCUUCUACCCGGAGUGGAAGGUUUGGGAGACCUAUGUCAUCGAUAACCUGCAGAGUGCUUUGUCACUCGACUCUCUGCGCAGCAGCCACCCGAUCGAGGUUCCUGUCAAGCGUGCCGAUGAGAUCAACCAAAUCUUCGACGCCAUCUCUUACUCCAAGGGAUCUUCCGUUCUGCGCAUGAUUUCGAAGUAUCUUGGCGAGGAAGUUUUCUUGCAGGGUGUGAAGAAUUACAUCAAGAAGCAUGCUUACGGAAACACCGAGACCGGUGAUUUGUGGACGGCGCUGGCCGACGCCAGUGGCAAGCCCGUUCAGUCGGUCAUGGAUAUCUGGACAAAGAAUGUCGGCUUCCCCGUCAUCAGCGUCACUGAGAACCCUGCUUCCUCAUCUAUCAGUUUGAAGCAGAAUCGAUUCCUGCGCACUGGCGAUGUGCGCCCCGAGGAGGAUCAGACUCUCUACCCCUGCAUGCUCGGACUGCGUACCAAGGAAGGUGUGAACGAGGACACCAUGCUGACCGAUCGUGAGCAUGAGUUUAAGGUCCCUGAUAUGAACUUUUUCAAGCUCAAUGCCGACCACUCUGGUAUUUACCGUACUUCUUACUCGCCCGAGCGUCUUCGCAAGCUGGGCAAGGCUGCCAAGGACGGUCUGCUUACCACUGAGGAUCGUGCUGGUAUGAUUGCCGACUCUGGUGCCUUGGCCGCCUCGGGCUACCAAAAAACUUCUGGCAUGCUGUCGCUACUCCAAAGCAUGGAUACCGAGUCCGAAUUUGUUGUCUGGAAUGAGAUCCUCACCCGUAUCGGUGUCCUUCGCGCCGCCUGGAUCUUCGAGGAUGCCGAGACCAAGGAUGCACUCCUCUCAUUCCAACGCUCGCUGGUCUCUGGCAAGGCCCACGAGCUGGGUUGGCAGUUCUCUGACAAGGAUGGUCACAUCCUUCAGCAGCUCAAGGCGCUCAUGUUCAGUUGUGCUGCCAUGGCUGGUGACGAAGCAGUUGUCAAGGCCGCACAGGAUAUGUUCGACCGCUUUGCUGCUGGUGACAUGUCAGCGAUCCACCCUAACAUUCGUGGUAGCGUGUUUAGCAUUGUCCUGAAGAACGGUGGCCCCAGGGAAUACGACGUCGUCCUGGACCGUUUCCGCCACGCCCCUACCUCCGACGAGAAGACUACUGCUUUGCGCUGCCUCGGUACCGCCGAGGAUCCUGCUCUGAUCCAGCGUACUCUCGCCUUGGCUUUGGGUGAUGAGGUCAAGAACCAAGAUAUUUAUAUGCCCCUCAGCGGCCUCCGCAACCACGCUGCUGGUAUUGAGGCUCGUUGGACCUGGUUGAAGGAAAAUUGGGAUGUCAUCUUCAAGCGCCUGCCCCCAUCUCUCGGCAUGCUUGGCACUGUUGUGCAGCUCAGCACUUCUAGCUUCUGCACUGAGGCACAGCUGAAGGAGGUGGAGGAGUUCUUCGGCGCCAAGGACACCAAGGGCUAUGAUCGUGCUGUCGAGCAGAGUCUGGAUGCCAUCCGCGCCAAGAUAAAUUGGUUGAAGCGUGACAACGAAGAUGUGAAGUCCUGGCUGCAGAACAACCAAUACUUCCAGAGCAAGCUGUGA